GACAAGAUCAUUCACCCUCGACAUUCAUUCAAUAAUGUUGCUAUAGCUGCCUUCUGCCAUGUUUACAUAUUUUUAGCUCAUCAAUCUUCUGAUGGUCACUUAAUAAUGCCACUGAAAAUCGGCAUAUUGGCUCUGCUCCUGGCUCUGGCAUUAGUCUCAUUUAUGCUCGUGUACUACAUCAAGAAAAAGAAACCCCAAUAUCAGCCUCAGCUUCAGAUGAUCCAGAUGGUUGGGCCUAACGACAACGACUACAUCUACAUCAAUUUCAAGGACUUUAAUUACGACAAGAAAUGGGAGUUUCCUCGGGAGAACCUGGAGCUUGGAAAAGAGCUGGGCUCUGGAGCUUUUGGCAUGGUGGUUCAGGCUACAGCUUAUGGCAUCAACAAACCUGGAGUCUCGCAGCAGGUGGCCGUCAAGAUGCUGAAAGAAAAACACGAGUCUGUGGAGAAGGAAGCUCUCAUGUCUGAGCUCAAGAUGCUGACUCACAUCGGUCAGCAUGCCAACAUUGUUAACCUGCUCGGUGCAUGCACAGAGACGGGACCCGUAUACCUGAUUUUCCAAUAUUGCUGUUAUGGAGACCUGCUGAACUACCUGAAGAAGAGCGGUGAUCGUUACCACAAGUCUGUGACUGAUGCCUUCAGCAGGGACCGUUUCAGCAGCCUGUACAGCAACCUGCAGCCCAAGAAAAACUCCAAUGAGCUGGUAACAACGGAUAACUACAUGCCCAUGCAUGGCUUCGCCACCAGGGGGCAGGAGGACAUCGCUCUCAUCACCAUCAGCUCCAACGACAUGGAAGAAUUGUGCGAGAGUGAAGAUGAUCAGAUGGAGCAGCAGGCCCUCACCUUUGACGAUCUGCUCAGUUUUGCCUUUCAAGUGGCCAAAGGGAUGGAGUUCCUCUCCGCCAAGAAUUGCAUCCACCGAGAUCUAGCGGCUCGAAACGUGUUGGUUACAAAAGGCCGGCUGGUGAAAAUUGGAGACUUUGGGCUGGCUCGAGACAUCGACAAUGAUUCCAACUAUGUUGUGAGAGGAAACGUCCGUUUGCCAGUUAAGUGGAUGGCUCCAGAGAGCAUGUUUCAGGGGAUGUACACCAUGAAGAGUGACGUCUGGGCUUACGGCAUUCUGCUCUGGGAGAUUUUCUCACUCGGCGUCACUCCUUAUCCAGGUGUCAAAGUGGAUCACAAGUUCUACUCAAUGAUUGAGAGAGGAUUUAAGAUGGAGUGUCCAUAUUAUGCCAAUGAUUCUGUAUAUGGUAUCAUGUGCAAGUGCUGGGCUCUGGAUCCUAACAACCGGCCAUCUUUCUCCAAGUUAGUGGACUUCAUGAGUGGCCAGCUGAUGGACAUGGAGGAAAAGCUCUACCAGAUCAUGCAAGGCCAUGAUUUCAGCGACUAUCAGAAUGCAUCGACCAUUGGGGACAUUUCAGCACUGGUAAAAGAAAGCGAAACCAAGACGGUAGCAACCAAUGACUACUGCAAAGCCAACCAGAGAGAGGAAAGCCAAGCUGAGGCAUUACAGUCAGAGGAUGCAGGCGAAGACGAGGAGAAGGAGCCUCUGAAGCCGUCUAAUGGAGAGUGACCUCCAACUCAAGCUAUUUUAUCUACACCAUAUAUAUAACAAUCUACCUAUUCUGCUCAUCAUAUUACUUUUUAUUAAAGUAAUACACUGGCUUUAUAUUCUUUCACAAAUAUUAUGAGCAUUUUAGAUUUAGAUUUGCUUGAUUGAGCAUUAAUAUAUGUACAUAAAAGAUUGUAAGUGUCCUCAGUGCAAAACUGCAUCACACAACAUGAUGCUGCCACCACCGUGUUUCACAAGCGGGGAUGGUGUGUUCAGGGUUAUACUUAGUGUUGGUUUUUUUUGCCACAUUAAAUACUGUGGAAGUAGUUCAAAAUGUUCAUGAUGUUCUGUUCAUCAAAAUGAUCAAAAUAACAUACUGGUUUUGUUAUUACUAUUUUCCACAUGAGCAUUUUCUCCUUGUCUUUAUGUUGAGUUACACUUGUUUUAUGUAGAAUUUAAUAUAUUGUUUUGUUUUUUUGUACUAACACCUGCAUUUACAAGGAUGCUUAUAUGAACAAGGAGAUUUCAAUGGUGCAGCUAAAACUGAAAUGCACUUCUCAGUAUGAAUAAAGCGUUGUCAGUGAUAUACCGUAAAUUACAGACAUACAUGUUGUGAUUAUAAUGAAAAAAUAAAAGAAAACAUUAAUACUGAUCAAAUGUUGAUGUUAGGUUCACUUGUAUAUCCUUACUCCUGUCAGUUUUAAUAUUUGGAUUGAGAAGCACCGUUAACUAUUACAAGCAUCUUAAGCUCAUUAUAAUCGCACAUAUAUAUCAGUUUAUCAUAUUAUUUUAUUAACUCUACUGUACUUUAAAAUAUCACAUGUUACUGCACUGAAAUAUGUUUCAUAUAAUAAAGACAGAUUAU